AUGGACCAUCUAUCUUCUUGUUCCUCGUCGACGGGAACAGCCACCUACACCCGACAAUCUGUCAGCACCUUCCAGCAAGAUGCCCCCAAGCAAACCUAUACAACGGCUGGUACCAUCUACAAUCCAAGCAACUCUCAGCCGCUCCAGCCUCCCGUUCGUCGUGGCCGCGCCCUCAAGUGGCCUCCCGUCGGCGCUGCCGCCUCGGAGCUCUCCCUUUUUCCCAAGUCGGUUCUUGCUGGCUUGCCUCUGAAGUCUCAGAGCCUCACCCCCAAAUCCACAAGCCCACUCCCCCAUCAGAUCCCCAAAUAUUCGCCUCUUCAGCAGAACUACGACCGGGCCAUCAGCCCCGUCACCGACAACAGCCGCGAUUCCCCGAACGAUUCGGAUGUUUCAAGCCUCCCCUCCUCUCGCAUUCCAUCAUACACCAUGAACAGCAGCCAGGUAUCCCCGGUUGAUGGUGUCAUGUCCACCCCUGCCGUGGGCAAACGUGUUGAUAUAGAGUCGAGCGACGACGAAGAUGAAGAGAGCACUGGCGAGAACCCUCUCAAGAAUUUCACUGUCAAGGGUCUCCAGAACCUAGCCUCCUACCCCAACCCGAACCAGAAGAGGGCGCAGAAGACGCUCCUUCGUGCUCGGCCGGGUGCCACUCCAGUCUCGUCCACCGGCAACGUUAAUCACACGGCAACUCCAUCCUAUGGAACACAGUUUUUCGAUACGCCCGAUAUGGUAAAAAAUGAUUCCAUUUCCCCGGGUCUCUUCCAUUCUGCCAAGACCGACCCGAAUGCCGUCCUCAAGCUACAGGUCGAUCAGAGACCGAUUCGAGACCUUGACAUAUCCUGGAGAGCCAACGACGCAACGCCGUCCCCACCUCCGUGUCUCUUCCCUGCUCACAAUGUACAGAGAAGCAUACCGCAUUCUACCUACAAGUCCACUCUCGCGACUGGCCCAGGCGCCCCUCGCCCACUGACCGCUGGCCCUCCAGGCCAACGCCAGUAUCGAACAUCGACCUUCGAUUCCAACAUGAAGAUGCUCAAUUGCGGGUCCAAGGCUGAUAUGUCCUACGACGGGUCAGUGAACGAUGACAUUCACCCUCCUGCCAACGCCGUGCAAAACAACAUAUCGCUUAGUGCGUUGAGACUUGCCGGCUCGGACACGCCUGAUCAGCUCAAGUCUGGACUUCAUUCGCUUCUCUGUACCUCGACUCCUGACACGGACUAUUCAUACCAGGGGUCCGUCGAACCCGGAAAGUUAUCCGACGUGGACAUGAAGAAGAUUCUCCAAUACAUCAAUCUUGGCCCCGCCGCUGACACCAACGCCAAUGACUGCAAGCACGGAUAUCGUCAGCCAGAGCCUAACCUUCAUGUAACCUUUGGCGAAAGCUGGUUGGCAGAUUACCCCAAGACGGAUCGCUCUCGCCUGACGAAAGGUACGUGGACGAUCGCGGAGGACGAGCUCCGACGACGUGUUGAGAGAAUCAAUCAGCUUUUCUACGCGGGCACAGGCGAACUUGGAAAGUCUUUCGAGUCUGUGGUCAAGGAUGCCGAGUUCAAUAACUUCAAGCGCCAGGUCGGUGUCAUCGGAGACCGACGGCCCAAGGCCAAGCUGGAGAAGGUUGAGCACACUCCCAUCUCGAUUCGACAGGCCAACAACAUGACGAACAAGGAGGCGGCUGAGCCUUUAGUUGCCUUGGGUGUGUCUUCUGUAUUGAACCAUAUCGAGGGAAAGUACCACAGUCCACAGUUUUACCAAUGGGAGGAUCCCGAGACAAGCAAAGUUGACGAGUCCGUGGAAGGACGCAAGUCGGUUUUUAGACAUUGA